AUGGACGAAAAAGCAAAUCAAGAAGGGUAAAGGUCAGAAUGAAAUUUAGGGUUGAGUAAUUAGUGAUAUUUGAAGAGAAAAUCACAACAGUAAAUGGAUAGGUGGCAAUUAAGAAGUAUCUAAGAGGGAAGUUUUUGGGAAAGGGAGGAUUUGCAAAGUGUUAUGAGGCCACAAACCUAGAAACAAAGAGAGUUCUUGCUGCUAAGAUUAUUGUUAAGAGUAGUUUAACAAAAAGUAGAACUCGUUAAAAAGUAAAUACUGUUAAUUGAUGUAGCUAAUUUCAGAAAUAAAAAUACAUAAGAGUUUGUAGAACACAAACAUUGUACAAUUUGAACAUGUGUUUGAGGAUCAUGAGAAUGUGUACAUUUUAUUAGAAUUGUGUUCAAAUUAAGUAAUUAUUGAAAUUUAAAUAUAGACAUUGAAUGAUUUACUAAAGAGAAGAAAGAGAUUGACUGAAAUUGAAGUAUAAUGCUAUGUGGGUUAAAUAGUAAAUGCAUUAAAAUAUCUUCAUGUAUAGAAGGUAAUCCAUAGAGAGUAAGAAAAUGUAAUAAUAAUCUAAGUCUUAAAUUGGGUAACUUAUUUUUGAAUAAAUCAAUGGAAUUAAAGUUGGGAGAUUUUGGAUUAGCCACAAAGUUAGAAUUUGAAGGAGAAAAGAAAAGGACAAUUUGUGGAACUCCAAAUUACAUAGCUCCUGAAGUUUUAGAUGGAAAAGUGGGUCAUUCCUUUGAAGUAGAUGUUUGGUCAUUGGGAGUCAUAAUGUAUGCUAUGUUGAUUGGCAAACCUCCCUUUGAAACUCCAGAUGUCAAAACUACUUAUAAAAAGAUUAGAUAGAAUUUAUAUUCUUUCCCAGAACAUGUACUGAUAUCAGAUCCAGCAAAAAGUCUAAUUUCUAGGAUUCUAAACUUAGAUCCAGCAUAAAGACCUACAUUAGAUGAGAUUAUGGCUCAUCCAUUUAUGAAUACAGGAGGGACAAUCCCUAAAACAUUGCCUUUAUCAACAUUAGCUUGUCCUCCGUCAGCAUCUUAUAAUAAAUAAUUUUAACCAUCUACCAGUAGUAGUAAUUUAAAGAUGUCUACAAAUACGUUACCAUAGAGAUUUAUUGAAACUACGCCCAACAAUCCAAAGAAUACCUAAACCAAUGGAUCUUCCGAUCGUUUCCCCUGUAACUUAUCAAUUAAAUGAUAUAAGUACAGAAGCCAAGUUAAAGUGGAAACAAUAUGGAUGAUAAUUUUGGUUCCAAUGGUCUAAACAAUGCAUAGAAUGUUGGUUAUGGUGGAACUCAAAGGCCAUAAUCUCAAAAGCCAAAUGAAUUUAGAAAUAGUUAGAGUUAGAAAACUCUUUCUUAACCUUUUGGUGGAACAGGAAUGUAAGGAGCAUAAUCUGUAAAUAAUAUGGAAGUGAAAUAAUAAUAAGCAAAGUAGGAAAUACAUGUUAAGAAAUGGGUUGAUUACUCAAGUAGAUAAGGUUUAGGUUAUUUGUUAAGUAAUGGUGUUACUGGAGUUUUCUUUAAUGAUUCAACUAAAAUUGUUCUUGACACAAAGACCUUAUAAUUUGAAUAUAUGGAAAGAAAAGGAUAGGAUAAACAAGAUAUAUGUGAAACCUAUAAUCUUAAUGAUUAUCCAUAACAAUUAAAUUAGAAAGUUACUUUUCUUCAGCAUUUCAGGAGUUAUUUAGAAGGAGAAUUUCAAACUGUUUAAAGUGAAGAGAAUGAAAAGAAAUAAUUAGUUUAUGUUAAAAAAUGGAUGAAAACUAGACAUGCUAUUAUGUUUAGAUUAUCGAAUAAGAUUGUUUAAGUAAUAAUUUUAAUAAUCAUAAAUAGGUUAAUUUUACAGAUAAGACAGAAAUCAUAUUAUCUUCAGAAUAUAAGAUGGUCACUUAUGUGAAUAAAACUGGUGAAAGAAGUCAUUAUCCUUUGGCAACUGCUCUUGAUAGUUAAAAUAAAGAAAUGUCUAAGAGACUUAAGGUAAUUUUAGAAUUUUAUUAUUAUUUUUUAGUACACAAAAGAAAUUUUAACUCAUAUGUUAAAUGGUGGAGAUUCUAAAACAAAUUAACUAACAAAUGCCAAUCUAUAAAAUCCUUGA